AUGUUACUUUUUUUUGUUUAUGUUUAUCUUUUAGUUAAUCGAUUUCGUUGUCCAAAAGGAUGGAAACGUUUAGGUGGUUCAUGUUAUUAUCUUCCUAAUCUCACAUCGAUAUCUAUUGCUGCUAAUCGUACAUGUAAUCAUCUUCACUCUAAUCUUUCAAAUCUUAUACAAAUACGAAAUGCAGUUGAACUAUUCUAUGCUGUUCAUGUAUUAACAAGAAAUGAUUUAUCAUCUUUGAUGAUUUCUAUUGAUCCAAAUUUAUUUAAAGGUAAAAAAAUUGCAGAAGUGUUAAUGAAUGAUCAGGGUCGAUGGAAUCGAAUGAAAUCAAAAUUUCAUGAAGUACGUGUUAAAUAUAGAGAUUUAAAACAAAAAAUUGUCGAUCGAUUAAGUUCAACUGGUUUACGUAUAUUAACACGUUCGAAAAAAGUGAAACAAAUACCAUCUCAACAACCUAUGAUUCAUAAUGAAAAUCAAUUCAAUGAUAAACUAUCAAAUAUAACAAAUAUUAGUUUUUCAAAUGAAACAACAAUAAAUGCUGGUUUAGUUACUACUACUACUACUACUAAUAAUAAUAAUAAUGAUGAUGAUGAUGAAUAUGAAUAUGAUGAUCUUGAUUCAUCAGAUGAAAGUGAUGAAUUUGAACAAAUUGAUGAUAUUCAUGGCAUUUGUGAUCAUAUUGCUUGGAAUGCUUUAGAUGAUAAUUCAACUGUUUAUAUUCUAACAACAUAUAUUGUAUCAGAUAAAGUUGUUUGUUCACUAAGUGAUGUUGAAUCUGAUAUUGAAUAUCAUCAUAUUUGUGAAUAUGUACUUGAUUUUUGUUUUGCAAAUAUUAUUUGUGGUAAACAUGGACAUUGUGUCAAUACAUUAUCAGGUUUCAAAUGUUCGUGUUCAUUUUUGUAUGGUGGUCUUAUUUGUGACAAAAUCUCAGAUCAUGGUCGACAAAUUAUAAUUAGUCUUGUCUUUAUUCUAAUUCUUACUGCUUUAUCGUUGAAACCAGUUCGACGUAUAUUAUGGUAUAUUAUCAAAAAAUGCAUUAAAUAUUGUAAAAAGUGUCGUCAAGCACAUGAACAAACAAAAAUAGAUAGCAAUGAUGAUAGACAACACCUAGUAUCCAGAGAUAGAUCAGAUAACGAUAUAAAAAUCACUGAUGCAGCUCAUUUACAACAAGUCAAUGGAACUUAUAAUCUACAAGAGCGUCGUCCGACAAUUGCUCAAGAAAUUAUGGAAUUUCUUCUACCAAAAAAUCCAAAUCCAUUAUUAAAUCCAAUUAAACGUAAUCUUGUUCGUAACAUCUGGGUUGGUGUUUUAAGUUUAUCACUUUUAUCAAUCUUAUUUCUAAUAACAACAAUAAUGUAUUUGAAAUCAUUUGUAUAUUAUAUAACUGAUGAAAAAGAAGGAGAACUUUCAAUUAAUGAUACAAUUUAUUUAGUUAAACAAUGUGAAAGUAUAUCAGAUUAUCGAAGAGGAAAUUUAAUAUUUUCUCCUUUUGCAUUGACUUUAAUACUUAUUUUUUCUUGGUCAAUGAAACGAGAUGAAUUAUGUUUACAUAUGUGUGAUGGUCGACCUGGUUUAUUACCACCAAUUGAACCAUUUCGUACAGGAAAUCGUUUUACAACAGCAACUGUUUUUGGAAUCAUUGCAUAUGAAGUAUUAAAAAUUUUUGAAGAACUACUUUUCAGUGCUAGUGAACCAGCACAUCAAGGUGUACUUGUUGAAUUAUUGGAACGAAUAGCCGUAGUCAUUCUUGUCGGACUUCGAUAUUAUCCGGUGCUUGCUUCUCUACAAUUACGAAAUAUUAUUGCUCGUUUUUUCUCUUGUUUAUAUAUACUCUGUGAUAUUGUAUAUACCAUUAUACGAGAAGGUUCAUGUAUGGGGUUUCUACCAUUGUCAGGACAAUAUACUGUUUUGGAAGAAGCAAAACUUCGAAGAGAACUUGGUACAUGGUUUAUUAUCUAUGGUUUAAUAAAAAAUAUUCCACAUUUCUUUUUUCUUUCAUAUAUUGGUGCUGAACUAUGUGUGCGUUUUGUCUAUGAUUCAAUAUAUGUACCGAUAAAAAAAAAGAAAAGUAUUUGGUCAGCACCUAUUGUACAAACAGAUGAAUUAGAAUUUGUAAAAUAUUAUGUUACAAAAUUAUUUCGACGUAAUCGUCAUAUAUCUCGAAUGAAUACUCAACAAUAUACAAAUACUAAUAAUCUCAUUGAUUAUGAACAUGAAACAUAUCAAGAAAAUCUUAUUAAUCAAUCACGUGUUAAAAAAUUCCUUAAUUUUUUCUAUAAUUGGAGUGAUGAUUUUCGUUUUACAACUAUUGCAACUUGUACUUAUUCAGUAGCUUUCGUUUUUCUCUAUUAUUUGGCAUGUACAUUUUUUUUUCUAUAUACUUCAAGAACAACAGGACAUAUGACAUUUAUAAGAUCUUAUAUUGAACAUUCAGCAAAUGUUGAAUUAGAUGAUUCAUUUACUUUGCAACGUGAAAUAAUAAUAAGUGCUGUUUUGACGGCAAUUAUAUACGGAUUUCAAUUAUUUGUUGGAAUGCAAAAUUAUAAAAAACAUAAACUACAAUUAUAUAAAGGUAUAUAUGAAGAUAUUCCAGCAGCAAUAAAUUUUAAACGAAGUUCAAUAGCAUCAAAUUCUGUACAUUAUUCUGGUUUUCUUGUUGGAUAUAUGGCAUGGGGUUUUGUUAUUUGUUUUCAUUUAAUACUUUUAAUAUUAAUUGGAAUAAAAAUUCUUUCAUUACAAAUUCGUCAAAUUGAAAUAACACUUGCUAUUAUUGUACCUAUACUUGUUAUUUAUUUAUUAAAAAUGCUUAGUAUGACAUCAGCUGGAAAGUUUAUAUUUAUACAAAAGUUAAAUAAUAAAUUGAAUUUAAAAAGUCGUAAAACUUAUGCAAUAUUUGUUUACUUCAGUUUUUUUGCUGAUUGUUUUCUCGGUAUGGCUUCAUGUAUUAUUCGAUUGAUUAAAGCAACAUUUCUUAAUGUAGUAUUUAUGGCUCGACUUGAUUGGAGUUUUCUUGGAAGACCAUUAGAAAAAUUUGAUCUUGGUUUUGCUGCUUAUGUUUCAUAUUUGCAUAUGGAAGUAACAUAUACAAAUCCAGUAAUGCUCGCUUUCUGUUAUUCACUUUAUGAUGAUAUCAUUCAACAGCGACCAAAACAUUGCUAUGAUGAUGAAUGCUGUAUUGCUCCAGGUGAACUUGAUGAUGAGGAUGAUAUUGAAGCCGCAAGAAGAAAUAAAAUACAACAAAACAGAAAAAAUUUAACACAGAAUUUGCCACCAGUUACAUAUAAACGACGAAAUAACUAUGAUGAAUCAGUACAAGUUAGUAAUAGUCCUAAUGAAGAUGAACCAAUAUCAAAAAGGACAUCCCAAAUAGAAACAAAGCGACAGCAAGCAGAUCGUUUAACAACAGAUAUAAUGCCGAAAACAGAAUCGCAGCGCACAUCGAUAAUAUCUACUAAGGAAAAUCAAAAGAACAUUGAUACAAAAAAGAAACAACAACGUUCAAAUACUAGUAAUGAAGAAAAGGAAAGUAAUGCUUCGAGUAUUUCGAGAUCUAGUUCUCAACAGCAAUCAUCAUUCAGUCGUAUUCCUCAAGUGCCAAUUCGUGAAGAUCUACCAUUUGAACAAGAUGAACGUAAUGAUGACGGAAGUUUGAAACGAAAAUCAUUUUCUAGUAAUGUAAAACAUAUUCCACAACAAGAAGCACGUUUAAAAUCAAUUUCACAAUCAUCAAAAAUAAGUAUAGAUAAUCAAACAGACGAAGAUGAAGAUGAAAGUAUAUCAAAACGAAAGAAUAAAAUUAAAGAAAAAAAACAAAAAAACUUAAUCAAAUCUCAAAUUCAUGAAGAUGAAGAUGAAGACGAUAGCCUAUCCAAACAAAUAACAAUAGGAACUGAAAAGAAGAAACAACGACCGGAAACAAGAAAAAGGAAACUACAACAAAAAGCGAUGAUUGAAGACAAUAAUGAUGAUGCACCAAAACAACAACAAUCUAACAAAAAGAAAAUUUCACAUAAAUCAAAGAAAGAUAUUUCUAAAUCAAACAUUUCAAAAGAAGAUGACGAUAGUGACCGCACUAGUACAACUUCUAAUACUAAUAAAAUGAUAAUUCCAUCUAAAAAACCUAUAUUAGAUAAUCAAAUAAUAAAAGAAGAUUCAUCAUCCGAUAAUACUUUUGAAAGUAAUACGCGAUCAUCUAAACAUCAACAAGAUACAACUUCAACCUCGUAUGACACUGUUUAUAAAAAAACACGAAAAAAAUCUGAUAUUAAUCAAAAUACAAAAGCUAAAAUGACUACAGAGAAAUAUCAUCAAGACACAGUUCUAACCGAUGAAGAACAUACUGCUGUUCAGGCGACAAUAAUCUAUUCUCCACCAUCAUAUAAUUUAGCAACAAGCCCAUUUGAUUUAUAUCUUUUACGAACAACUUCGUAUCGUGAAGCUCAACAAAGUACACCACCACUAACUCUACAUCGACCACUUAUUUCUCCUAUACAACGUUCUCAUCAAGAUGAAAAUGACGAUAGUCAUUAUUCGGAAAUAGUAAAUGAUACAAUUCGAUCAGGCAUUAGUAAUCGUUCUUACUCAAAAGUGGGAUCAAUAAAAACUUCAUCGGAUUAUUCAAAUAAACAACAAGAAUUGGAAGAGCAAAAACAAGCUGAAGAUACCAAUGCUGAAACGGAAGAACAAGAAGAACAAGAACACGACGAAUCUCAUCUUUUAAAAUCACAACCAAUGCCAUCACCUAAAGUGCCAACAUCUACUUCGACAGUGAAUACUUCAAUCAAGUCAGAAAAAGAUAUAGAAAAGGAAAGAAAUAGACGAAAAAAACAAUUACGUUUUCGUUGGCAUCUUCUUUACACACUUAUUAGAAAUUAUCAUCUAUUUGAUUUACGAAAAGAAAUCCAAAGUCGACUUGCACAUUUACAUUUACAAAGAAGUAAUCUUAUUGAUGAACAGCAAUUUCUAGCGGCUAUUACAACUGAAGAACCAGAAACUACUAAGCCUACAAUAGAACCUCCAGUAGUAAGAGCACGUGAAGGCAUAGAAUCAUUAACAUCAGAUAUAUCAACACCAAUAGAACGACGGCCUCCACUAACUCGUCGUUUAUUAUCUAUGCCUGUAUCUCUACCUAGUGAUUUUUCGCAAAGUCCAGCUGAACGAUAUAUUGCAAAUCGUGCACGCAUGUUAUAUGAUGUUAUUGCCGAACAAAUGAAUACACCUCAUAUUUCACCUGUAUCACAAACACCUACAAUAAUAUCAACAUAUAAUCAACAACAACGACCUUUAAUGACUACGACCUUAAGUGAUAAAAGUCUUGGUUUUCAUGUUUCACCUAGUGUUAUUGUUCAUCCACCAUCUGAUACUAGUACGAAAUCAAGAGAGAAACAACUAAAUGAUUAUCCAAUCAGAUGUGGAUUACAACGAGAAAAUCUCACACCAUUAUUAUUUCAACCCGUAUCUGCCUCAAAUCAAUCCACGGCUGAUUAUCCACUAGCAACUUCGUCAAUUUUAACUUCUCCAACAUUCUGCACACAAAUGAGUCAUGAUCAACAUAUGCAAGCAUGGCGUCAAAAUCAAGUAGAAAAACUUCAAAAAAAACGGCCACAUUGUUAUAUUUAUGGUACACCAUCACGACAACCUUUAGUAGAUAGAGUCUCCACUGCUACCAUUCUCACACCGCAAAUUCUCAUGACUACAACACAACAACAAGCUCCACCAACAUCAGAUGAUGGUGAAAUUCGACGAGGACCAACUGUUUCACCAUUUCGAUUUGUAGUUACACCAGAUCAAGUGCAUACUGCACCAUCAUCUACUAUAAGUGAUAUUCAAGUAGAAACUAAUAAUCGAAAACCGAAAAGAAAUCGUCGACAGAAAAAAACUCCUAUUGCAUCAAAACGUAUGGAACGUCUUGAUGAAGAUGUUCAAGAAACAUCUAAUGCAAACAAAUCAUUAAAAAUAACAUCAUCAGUAAUUCAUCGAAACGAUGUACACAGUAGUUCAUCUGAUGCAACUUAA